UCAUCGUGACAACACAGCAAUCAACAUGAAGACUCAGAUUUUGAUCGUGUUGGGCGUGGUAGCCUUGGCAGCCGCAGACAGCAGGGAAUCGUUCUCCUAUGGUCCCCCUCGGCGUUACUCAGCGGAGUCUUUCGAGUCUAGUGAGGCUCAGUACAACUUUAACUAUGCUGUGAAACACGAAGACUCUGGCAACGACUUCGGUCACCAGGAGACCCGCGACGGUGACGACACCAAGGGGUCGUACUACGUGCAGCUUCCCGACGGUCGUCUGCAGACCGUGACUUACUUCGUGGACGGUGACUCAGGCUACAUCGCUGAUGUCAAGUACGACGGUGAGGCUCGCUACCCAGACUCCGACGAAUCCAGGGAGGCUCCCCGCUACGCCGCUCCCAGGCCCCGGUACUCUGCUCCGGACUCCCAUGAGUCCCGUGAGGCUCCAGUAUUCGUCCAACCCAGACCUCGUUACUUCUUCCGUGACUCUAAUGAGUCCAAGUAAUCACCACCAACGUUCAUAUCGAAUCACCACAGUCUUGACGGACCAACUAUUCAUUAAUGGAUAUGUAAAUAUUUAAAUUGAACAAGUAAAUUAUUCCUAUAUUAUUUAUUCAGAUUUAUUUGUAUGAAAUAAACAGAGCAUAGUAAA